AUGAGCGAUAUCAGAGAGAGUGAAGAAUCAUUCGCCAAAUUUGAUCAUUUGCUCGAUAAGCGUUUACUUAGAGCACUCGCAGAUCUUGGUUUCGCUAGGCCUACGCUUGUACAAGCUAAAGCUGUACCUUUGGCCUUGAACGGCAAGGAUAUCCUAGCAAGAGCGAAAACAGGAUCUGGAAAGACAUUAGCAUAUUUAUUACCAAUUGCACAAAAAGUACUAGCAGAAAAAGACGACGGUGAUAGUAAACCAGAAACUAGAGCUUUGAUAUUGGUACCAACGAGGGAGCUAUCAGAGCAAGUGAGCAGCCAUCUGAAAAGUCUUUUAAAGUACUCUCAAAAGGAAGUUUCACAAGUCAAUCUAGCUGGUAGCGGUACCGAUAAUAAAUUUCAACGCUUACUUUUAAGUGAUAAACCAGAUAUCGUUAUAUCAACGCCAUCAAGACUUAUUGGACACCUUCAAUCAAAAUCCUUAUCACUCUCUACUCUCAAGACUCUCGCAAUUGAUGAGGCUGAUUUGAUUUUAUCAUACGGUCACGCAGACGACGUGAAAGCACUCUUAUCUGGUGGAUACCUUCCUAAAAUUUACCAAUCAUUCUUAAUGUCAGCUACUAUGACUCAGGAUGUUGAAAAGUUACGCGGAAUGGUAUUAAGAAAUCCUGCUAUACUUACACUUGAAGAUAAUGAAGAUGAUUCAUCAAAUCUUAAACAAUAUUAUGUCAAAUGCCCAGAGAAUGAUAAAUAUCUUCUCACAUAUGUUCUCCUCAAGUUAAAAUUGAUAAAAGGCAAAGUUAUCAUGUUUGUUAAUAAUGUUGAAAGAGGUUUCAAAUUGAGAUUAUUCCUCGAAGCCUUCGGUAUACGUGCUGUAGUACUCAACAGGGAACUUCCAAUCAAUUCUAGAUUUCACAUUGUUCAAGAAUUCAACAAAGGGGUUUAUGAUUACAUGAUCGCAACAGAUGAAGCUGGAGCUUUCGAUCAAGAAGAAGAGGAAGAGGAAAGUGAAAGUGAAUCCGAUGGUAACAGUUCUUCUGAAGAUGAAGAUGAAGAUGUCGAUAAGGAAAUAGAAGAGGUGCUUUCAAGUGCCGGCGAAGAAGAUGUACCAGAAGUUGAAAUUCCAGCUGCAGAAUCCAAAAAGCGCAAGCGUAAAGACAAAGGAAAGCAAAAGGAACAAGAUAAUAAGAAAACUAAAAUGUCGAAAAAAGGAGAGAAAGAAUUCGGUAUCUCACGUGGAAUUGAUUUCGUUGACGUUGCAUGUGUCAUCAACUUUGACUUACCAAAGAAUAGUUCCUCCUAUACACACAGAGUUGGUAGAACAGCUCGAGCCGGAAGGAGUGGAAUUAGUUUAACAUUCGUCGUAAAUGGUGAGACUAAAAAAUCUAAGAGAAAUGAGGAGAAAAUCUGGAAGAAAAUCUCCAAACGUCAGGAAAGAAGAGGUGGUUCUCAGAAUUGGGAAUUUGACUGGAAGCAAGUUGAAGGUUUCAAGUAUAGAGUUAAUGAUGCACUUAAGAUGGUAACACCUAACGCCGUCAAGGAGGCUAGAGUAAAGGAAUUGAAGAAUGAGAUUUUGAAUAAUGAUAAAUUAAAGGCGCACUUUGAAGAUAAUCCAGUUGAUUAUGAGUUCCUUAAGCAUGAUAAACCAUUGCAUCCAAUGAGACAACAAUCACAUUUGAAGCAUGUACCUGGGUACUUGAUGCCAAGAAUUGCCGGAGUAAAGCAACCACAUCAAUUAGAAUUAAAUCCGGAUAAAAUUGGCUUUAAAAAGCGUAGCAAUAAUAAGAAGAAAAAGAGUGAUCCUCUUAAGAAAUUUAAUAGAAAGUGA